AUGUUUGCAUUAUGCGGUUAUGUUUCGCGCUUAGCUCGGCGUUUAAAAUUCCAGUUCCUCUUUCGGCGCGUAUAUUUUUCUGAACUGCAUGAAGUAUCUGAUAGUGUGGAAUGUCUUGAUUUUAUGCAUACCCAGUUAAUGCUUCCUUUUUUUUCUAAUGCUGCCAAUUUCCGACUGUAUUGUUACGAUCGUGAUCUACCGGUAAAAAUGAAUAUGCGGAAUCAAAAACCUGUCGUAGUGCAUAGUACAAGAUGUGGGAAUUUGUUUUUCAGAUGUAAAAUGGAUUUUGCCAUGUUGGCGAAGCAGCUAAAAGAAAUAUUUGAUACAGAAGGAACCCCAACAACUGUUGAUUGGCAAAUAGUGCAUCGUAUUUUGGAGAAUGAAGCAUUCCUCAAUGCCUUACAGACGGAUGUCCACGUGUUUAGUUUUGAUCAUAAUCAAUUUCUGAAGAAACUAGGAAGCUACGCAGUGCUAGAAAUGGAACAAAAUAAUGUUGCCAUAAAAGCGAAGAAAUUCAAUCGACGAGCUUUUGAAGCGUUCAAAACUGCUCUGUGGCAUUUUAUUCAUAAAAUUGACACUCUUGACGUAGUUACUCUCAUGGAUCACUUACUCAGUCUUUUGCGUUGUACGUCGUCAAGCAUACAACAAAUUACGGACGAUCCGAUUGCUCUUUUACAUCGAAAUUUCGCUGCAGACAUCACUGCUUUAUUAGCACUGCUAUUGGAAAAGAAGUCGAUUUUGAUUUUGAAGCCUCAGCAUUGCUACGGCUUAUGGACAAACUGCAUACAAUUAUGUCUACGCUACAUUGAUAUACGUGAUUACAAUUGUACUCUGCGUACUUGUUCUUGGAUUCUUUUGCAAAUAGCUUGUGCUGCCAAAUAUUGUAGUCUCAUGUUGCUUGUAGAGGAGAUGACUGGAAAAACCGCAGAGAUACUGAGGAAAUACUUGCUUAUCUGUCAUACGGGUUAUAAGACUUUUAUGUUAUAUGAUGAUUUAUAUGUCAAUAUUCUACGUAUUUUUAACGAGCUUUUAUUUGAAUUCGGAGCUAAAAAUUGGAAUUUUAUGAGCACGCAAUGUCGAGAACUUUCUGAUUUCAUUGGUCAAGCAUGGGCAAGCAGUAUUUCUUUGUGGCAGUCACGGAAAUUCGCUGACGAGUUGAUAUGCUCAUUGAAUGAGCAGUCCAAAUUCAUUGAAGCUACAUUCAUAAUACACAACCCGGAUUGCCUGUCUGGUUCUCCACCUUUGUCGAAUUUAAAGUCUUUAUUGAAUCUUAUUCUGGAUGCAGCUGUUAGCUGUAUGAAUGGGUUAUCGAUGCUUCACAAAAGUACAUAUCGAAUGGGACAAAUACAGUUGUUACCGGAUGGAGUUGUCAGUUUGUUAGCUAGGGUACUUACUCUUGAUGUCGUGCAGAACACUGGUGAUUCUUAUUUUGGCAAUCUACUAUUUACGCUAAUCCAAGAAAAAGAUGAACGAUGGUGCCAGCUAAUUGAGAAACUUUCUGUUCGAUGGAGCCAUCGUUUGCCACUCCAAAUAAAAAAGGAACUUUUCGUGAAUAUCGUUCAAUCAUCGAAUGUUGUGCACGGGGAGGGAAUAUUGAUAUGGUAUUUGAGAGCCAUAACAUCAGUCGCAGAGUCAUCUGUUAUAGAACUCCUUGGAAAGGAGCACUGUGCAUAUCUGUGGAAAUUUACACUUUCUCUGUUACAGUCACAGUCUCAAAGUGCGAAGAGGUUAGAGCUGAAGGAUACCGAAGUGACGAAAAUCAUCUGGAGCAACAUAAGUCGCUUGAAUAUCUGCACAGCUGAAGUAGCUUGUCUUUUGGCCCAUAUGUUGAGUAAUUUCGAAUUCGAUGAAUACUUUGAAAUCCAGCCCACUGAUGAAACUGCAAUGGAAGGAUGGACUUUCCGGUGUGCAGUACUAAAGUUCAUUUUGAAGGCUUCAUCGAAAUCAGCGAAUAUUCCAAUAAAUGCAAUUUUAGAAAUAAUGUGCUUUAAACCGGAUUUCCAGCAUAAAUCAGCCGAACCAGAAAUCAGCAAAUUAGAGCGUUAUCUUAUGAAUCUUUUUGCAAUUCGUGUUUCCGAAGCACCAUGUCGAGCUACUGUAAAAAAGUAUUUUAUCCGGGAAUUGGUGGAUUUUGUUGGAAGUAGUCUUAUAGAAUUGUGGAGAAAUGUAAAGCUGGAAAUUGCAGAUCCAGAAACACUUCAACAAAAUCAAAUCAACUUAUUUUUGUCAGCGCAAAACUUGUUCUGUUACCUUCAUAUCUAUGGCGCGGCAUGUGAUCCGCUGUUAAGUGUACUCGAGGUUAUGUUUUCGGACCUUCCACGAAUUAUCCGUAACGAUAAAAUGACUCGUGUUGAUGAAUGGCUGUUGGCAUUAGGAGUUGAAGGUAGCUGGCAAGCAGCAGACGAAAGAUUAAAAAAUACUAUUUGUUCGGAGCUAAAAGAAAUGAUAUUGCAACAAUUGAGUGACUUUAAAUGUAGAUUUACUGAUAAAAAGGACUGGAAAAAGGUAUUGUCAAGAAAAAUUGAUGCAGCAUCUGAAAUUACGUCGAGCUACGUUCAUGAAGCAGUUCACAAUUGCAGUUCAUUUCGUGAAGCCGCAUUUACUAUUGAACCAUUUAUCCAGCAUGGCACUAUAACGGAAAAGCGGAAAUUCAUAACCUUGUUGCGCACAUUUGCGCUAACAAUUUUAUUACAAGAUGAAGAAGACAAAUCGGAAAGAAAUGUGAAUGAGUUUGUUAUUGCGGAGAUGGUUCUUACAUAUCUUCCCACGGAAGAAUGGAAAGUUUGCGGUGUCUCAUUCGAUAAUUUAACUACGCUGCAUAAGUCUUUGCAUUGUUCAGUUUGGUUGGAUCAAGCAGGUUUGGCAAAAUUUGUCAUGAAAGCUGAUCUCCCAGAUGAAUUUCGUGCUAACGUUGUCAAAAAUAUAUAUAUGCCUCCACUAAAGCAUAAAAUUCAUCUCAGAAUAUUAGCGUUUCUCAUCAGCAUGGGAACAUCAUAUUUGUAUAAGCAAUUGAUAAGGGUUUUCCCAACAUUCGAUGCAGUAAUCAAUUUGUUCCUUGAAGCAGCCAUUAUUUGUUAUGCAGUGCAACCCUCAUCAAGUAGCAGUUUUCUACCAGCAAAUGAGUUGAAGAGGUAUGAAGUUGUACGGAAGAUUUCUGCUAACAAACAGUCAUUUCAACGUUACAUAAAUGGACAAGAAAUAAAUACGUCACAUAUAAUGUAUCUGGACAUGCUUUUUCUUGUUCAGGAAAAAGUAUUGAACGAAUUGUUCGAUCGACCAGAUUUCAAAAAAUCAUUUGCUGCUUCUAUAACAGUGGAUCUAUGUGCUUUUUUCAUAAAGUUGCGAAAGCUGCUGCAGUGUUGCCGAUUCCUGGGAUACGAAUUUUUAAUAUUUCGAGCUCUGAAAAAUUUCUUGAAAUGUGAUUUAAGUGCAUGCGACAUUUCGGUGAAGUUGUUUAUCAUUGAGAAUUGUGCAACACUUUGUGCACUAGUUGCGAGAAGUUGCUUGGCAAGUGCAUGGAUUGAGAAUAUCAAUUGCUUACUGGAGAGCUGGUUUGACCUUUACGGUUUACUGUUGGAGUUGCACUAUGAUUUAACAAUGGAAAAAGCCUAUUGUGUUUUUGAUGCCUUCAUAGAUAACCCCUAUUGUAGAGAACAGAUUAUGGCGCGGAUUAACAUAGAAAAUUUUGAAAGGAAUCAUUUUCGAGUUGGACAUUUGCUUGAGGAAUCCUUCGGUCGUUUCAAUUUCUUGCUUUGCAAAACAUAUUGGAAAUGGCUGUAUGAGAAUUUUGGCAAGCUAAGCGCUGAAGAUAUGCCUGAAAUGCUGGGUCAGAUACUACAAGUUUGGUCUAAAUACCCCACUUUGCGGAAGUUUAUUGCUCCAUGUUUGACUCGUUUCGAUUCUUUUUAUAUGGGCUCAUAUUAUCAUGUUUUUCCGAUGAAUGUUAAGUUCGAGGAAUUGAUUGCAUUGUCUCUGCUUGAAAUAUUUUUCAACCCUUUUGAGUUAUACCCAUGUGAAGUCUAUUGGUGCGUACGUCAGAUCCUAUCUAACUCCACUUUUAUAAUAUAUGUGAAUAAUUCAUUUAUCGAUGGCAACGGCAUCCAAACGGUCAUUGAAGACAAAUCGGAAAUGUUGCAAAAAACUGGUGAUAAUGCGGAGGAUUUCGUGCUAUAUUACUUUGAACAGUUUGUCAGCCUUUUGCAUUUAUCGUACGCCGACAGUUUAUUGAAGAUUGCGAAUCAUGUUCCUUCUUUUGCUUUUGCUUUGCUCCCCCAUCUUUUCGCCACGGCAUACAAUGAAGGACAUGGCAUGUCACAGUUUUGCGUGGAUGUGAAUUAUUUACUUGCUAAUUUUCCUGAAAGAUUGAUCAGAAAUGAUUACCCAGUCGUGGUUGCUAUAGUGGCAUGUAUUCGGCAAGCACAUGUAAAUUUGGCGUCAGAGUUAGAUUUCCGGAAAUUACCAUUUGAUUUAUCGAAGUUGUCAAAAGUAUGUUUGGAAAUUAAUAUGACGACUGAUGCAGAUUACUUCCUGCACUGCUACCUUGAUCGUUUAAGCGAUCCAAUACGGCCAGUUAUGCAUACUUUGAAUGAAAAUCACGGAUUUUUUGAUAUGUUCGACGGAAAAGAAAGCAUUGACAAGCCGGCCGAAUUAUUUAUGGAAAUAUUAACGAAAAUGGAUGAUGCAGAUUCAUUACGUCCACUUUCCCUGCAGAUAAAAAAUAACAGUCAAUGUCAUAUGAUUUUGGCAAAAAAUCUAUGCGAUUGGUCACAUUUGGUUGCAUUUACAUCUACGACUGAUUUAAAAAACCUUCGCGCUUUAGCAUUUUAUUAUGCCGGUUUGGAUGUUCCAUCAGAAUUUCAAGAAAUGGCUAGCCUUGCUUGUGCUGAACUCCAGCAGUGGGACAGAAGUUUCUUAAAAAUAUAUUCCAAGGAAAACACUGGUUGUCAGAUAUAUUCCAUAUUGUUCGCUCGGUUAAAAAAGCAAUUUGAAUUAUCGCAGCGGUUGUGUGACACUGCUAUUAAAAUUAAGUGCGAUGAAAUGGCCAAAUCAUGGGUUGUAUCUCGAGAUUUAUUACACGACUUAAGCAACUGUUGUGAAGUGAAUGAUCUGGUCCAGCGAAACGUACCUCCAGUUCGUGGCUCCAUAUUAAGUUGCCCAUGGAUAAUAUGUAAGUAUGGGAAUGGACGUGUUCCAGCACGAAUCCUUACUCCGAUGGUUGUUGCUCGAGCUGAGUAUCUUUGCAAAAAAAAUGCCUGCGAACGCGCUCUUCAAAUUAUUGAAAAAUAUCGGGAAUUCAUGGAUACUGAUGAGAAUUUAUAUCGCGAAUAUGACAUCACAAAAGCUCGCAUUUUGAAAAAAUGUGGGUAUGAAGAAGCAGCGCGAUUACUUCUCUCACAGAUUUGUGCUGCGAAGUCAGGCAGCGGUCACUACAACAGCAAUUUCUCUGAUCUUUUGCUCAAAGCUCGGAUGUUAUUAGCCGAAUUUGAUGUUGAAGCGUGUAGGCCGGAUUUGGCCAUUAGCGCUUUGAAAACGACUGUGGAAAACGCAUUGAGCAGUGGUUAUGAAAACGUUUUGUUGGUAGCAGAAGCUUAUAAAACGCUUGCAGUGUAUGCUGAAAGGAAACUGUUAUCAUUGGAGGAUUAUUGUUCUUCCAAAACAUUUAAAGCUAAGGAAAGAGCAAUUAAAAAGUGGGAGGGAGAGCUGGAAGCAAUAAAGAAAGAAAAGCUUCAGGUUGCAAGACAAGGAAAAACACUGGAGCAAGAGAAGUUGCUUGAGGAAAAGCGAAUUCAAAAAGAAAAGAUGUCUGAAGAACAGGAAGUGGAGCAGUAUCAUAAUGACAGAAAUAUCCUGAUCUUGACGGCUCUUGAUGCUUAUCUAGCAGCCCUAGAACUUGAUGCAAGUGCCGCGGAUAUUCCAUAUCGAAUUUUACCAUUUUUCGUUAAAGUCAAAUAUAACGAGAAUUUGUUGGAGCCAUUGAAGCUACGUUUGAAUCGAUUUCAUUCACGUCCUUGGAUACCUCUCAUAAGUCACUUUUGUACGCAUUUCUUCGAUGAUGCACCUCUGGCUUCAGUUGUGCGGAAGAUGAUCUUAGCAGCACUGUUCGACUAUCCAUACCACGUGCUUCAACAUCUGCUCUUUUAUACCGACUCAACACAUGUGACGGCAGAUUCUCAGGAUCAAUUACAUCGAGUGGAGGAUUUAUUAAGGGAAGCUUCCACAAAAGAUAAAUCACUCAAAAAUCCAAUAGAGAUCAUGCGAAAGGCGUUUUCUUUAUACGUGCAGUUUGCAGCUUCAUCUGUCAAAAAGUUUCAGAGUAGGAAAUAUGCAAGAUCAACAGCUUCCAUUACUGAUUCCGUAUUGUUAAAUGAAAUGCAAACUCUUCGAAAUGUUCCCAUUCCCGCUAUCGAACAGCCGUUGACUGACGAUUCCUCGCAGCUUAUCACUUUUAUGAAAAUUGAAUCAAUGGUCACAGUUGCAGAUGGUAUAACACAACCAACAAUAGUUACAGUAAUUGGAAGCGAUGGAAAAGUUCGCAAAUUGAUUUUUAAGAGCGAAGACUUGCGGCAGGACUCGCUUGUUGAACAGCUUUUUACUGUGGUAAACAUUCUAUUGAUGGAUGGAAACAAAACGUUUCCACUACGUACUUAUCAUGUCAUGCCAAUUAAUUUGAGUGCUGGUAUAAUCGAGUUUUGCUUGGGGACAAUUUCACUUUGUAGCUAUAUUUGUGGUGCGGAUCGGAAAAGCGGUAUGCGCGAAAAGUUUUAUCCUCUUGAAAUGACGGCAGCUACUGCAUGUUCAAAGCUUUCACAGGCUCGUGCAAAUCACUCUAAUCUUGUGGAAACUUACAAAGCAAUAUGUAAUGACAUUCAUCCUGUAUUUCGACACUUCUUUUAUGGUCGUUUCCCGGAUCCAUUUGAAUGGUUCUGUCGCAUCAAAGACUAUACAAUAUCUCUAGCUCGGUGGUCCAUAGUGGGUUAUGUAGUUGGUUUGGGUGAUCGUCAUUUGAAUAAUAUCAUGGUUGAAAAAGAAACCGGUCGACUCGUCCACAUCGAUCUAGGAAUGGUAUUUGAAUUCGGCAAGCGCAAUUUAUUAGUACCUGAACGAGUUCCUUUUCGUUUGACAAGAGAAAUGGUUGAUCCGAUUUUGAUUGAGGGCGUCAAUGGAAAAUUUAAGAAUGUAGCAGUGGAUACUUUGGAUCGUUUGCGGAAAGAUUCCCAGACAUUAAUUGGUCUGGCACUUGCACUUUUGCACGAUCCACUGACAAAAUAUCGUGGCGAAAAUGGGAAUCAGUUUGCAGCGCUUGCUAUUUGCCGACUUCGUGAUAAAUUGGCGGGAGUAGAAAAUAGAAUUUAUAUGGAUCCCUCGCAACAGGUUUCUCAUCUUAUUAAAGAGGCCAGUGAUCCAGAAAACCUUGCUCGAAUGUUUGCUGGUUGGAUGCCUUUUCUGUAA